CGCACCUCCAUUAAUAUCUGGCGCCGACCUCGUCCUGGGCCUUUGCUUCCUGUAUUUACUGACAAUCCUUCGCGGACCCACACUUGCAAGCCACCGCCUCGCUCCCCUCUCCGGACAGAGGGAUCCAACAGGAUGUACUCGCCGCCCUCCCUCCUCCUGGUGCUCCUCGCGCCGGCAGCGGUCACGCUCUACUUCCUCUGGACGUUCCUCAUGCUCGUCCUCCGCCAGGCCCGCUCCCCGCUCCGGCACCUCCCCGGCCCGCCCUCGCCCUCGUUCUUCAUGGGCAACCUCCGGGAGAUGCACGACCAGGAGAACAACGGGCUCGUCGCCCGCUGGGCCGCCGCCUACGGCUCCACCUUCGUCUACCGCGGCUUCAUCGGCGGCUGCAGGCUCAUGACCGUCGACCCGCUCGCGGUCAACCACAUCAUGAGCCGCGGCUACGAGUACCCGAAGCCGGACUUUGUCCGCGACGCGCUCGCGAGCAUGGCUGCCGGCUACGAGGGGCUGCUCACCGCCGAGGGCGACAUGCACCGGAAGCAGCGUAAGAUAUUGAACCCGGCGUUCUCCGCUGCCCAAAUCCGGUCCCUCACCCCGAUAUUCUGGGAGACGGCCAUCCGACUGCGCGACAUCUGGCUAGACAUCACCGCCUCGCCCAAAGCCUUCUUCACCCCCGUCGACCCCUUCGCGCGCGCCGAGGCGCCGCCCAGCCCGGGCACCGCGGACCCCGAGCCCGCAGCAAACGCCCCUCUCCUGAGUCCGUCGGCCGUCACGACGUCGUUCCUGCCCAACCCCUUCGCCGCCUUCGUGCCGUCCAAGGCGUCCCCGACGAUCCCCACCGUCAGGGCGCGCCAGCCUGCGGGAUCGUCCGCUCUGGAGCUAGCGAGCGACGCACCGUGCCGGCUGGACGUGCUCCCGUGGCUGGCGCGCGCGGCGCUGGACGUCAUCGGGGAGGCGGGGUUCGGGUACGCGUUCCACUCGCUCGAGGCGGCUGCGGAGCGGCGGGACUACGAGAGCGAGCUCGCGCAGGCGUUCGGGGUCAUCUUUGGCACUGCGCGGAAGUUCCGGGUGAUGACGAUAUUGCAGGUGUGGUUUCCCGUCCUGCGAAGAUUUAAGCGGGAAAACGCGGCGAUGCAGCACGCGCAGGCGACGAUGCGCAAGAUCGGGACGGAGCUCAUCGAGCAGCGGCGCGCGGCCGUCGCCGCCGAGUCGGAGAAGACGUCGGAGAAGCGGAGCGCGAUCGAGGGCGACAAGACCGUGUUCGACCGCGACCUGCUCAGCGUUCUUGUGCGCUCGAACAUCUCCGAGGUCCCCGAACAGCGCAUGUCCAUGAACGAGCUCCUCUGCCAGAUCUCGACGUUCCUCGCUGCUGGCCACGAGACGAGCGCGUCCGCGCUCACGUGGACGCUGUACGCGCUCGCCCGCUGUCCCUCAGCGCAGGCGAAGCUCCGCGCAGAGCUGCGGUCUGUCCCCGUUCCGUCCGCCCCGUCCGCGCCUGUGUCGUCUCCACCUCCAUCUCAGCCCUCCUUCUCACAACAGCCUUCCACGCCCGCAUCUGUACCAUCUUCGCCAGAGCGUUCACCACCUUCCUCGCCGACAUCUGCGGCAGCAGCAUACGACGCUGCGAUGGCCGCGCUCUUCGACCGCAUCUCGCACCUGCCCUACCUCGACGCGGUCGUGCGCGAGGCCCUCCGGCUGUACGCGCCGAUCACGACGACGAUGCGCGUCGCGACGCAAGACGACGUCAUCCCCGUCGCCGCGCCAUAUAUGGACCGGCGGGGGCGGAUGUGCGACGAGAUCCGCGUGCGCAAGGGGGACAUCAUCAGCGUGCCGAUACAGGCGAUGAAUAAGGGCAGGGAGACGUGGGGCGAGGACGCGGACGUGUUUAGGCCGGAGAGGUGGGAGGAGGGUAGGCAUAGAGAGGAGCGCUGCGAGGAGAAGGGGAGAGGGAAGCACGUGCAGGGGCUGUGGGGGAACAUGCUGACGUUUGGCGGGGGCAACCCCGUGAAUGGGAACCGGUCCUGCAUCGGGUACCGGUUCGCGUUGAGCGAGAUCAAAGUCUUCCUGUUCGUUCUGCUCCGUGACAUCGAGUUCUCGAACGACUCCGCGGUCGAGAUCGAGAAGAAAGUCAACGUCGUGACCCGCCCAUGCGUCAAGUCUGAGCCCCAUAGGGGCAACCAGAUGCCGCUCUACAUCCGUCGCGUCCUCCGCUCUCCCAGUUCGGAUCCAAGGACUGACAGACACUUCGGUGUAUCAUGAGGACUUCUAGAUGCGGAUUCGCAUCGGACCGCUGCUAUCUGCUAUUUGCUAUGUACUGCUCUUGUAUAUCUGUGUAUU